UCGUACGACACAAGUAAUUUUAUUCUUUUCUCGUUGCAGUGCUGUCUACCGCGAGCGGCGCAGCAUCCUCCGGCUCGAACUCGACGAAAGUCGCAGUGGACGAGGAAGACGACGAAUCGUUGCCAGAGAUCACGCUAGAGGAAUUCAAAGAGAGGUACAGAAGACUGAUACCCUACAUGACCUUCUACGUGGCCAGCAACUACAUAAACGCGCAAACGCCGAUUUCGCAAGCCACUGCUGCAAAGGAGGUGGUAGUACAGAGCAGUCCACUGGUGAGAAAAAAUCCGCAACCGUUCACCAGGAUGAACACCGUACCACGAAGAGGGAUCAAUUAUCGUGUUAAUGCACAGAAUCAAGAGAAGAAGUUCGUUCCCUCGAUUCAAUACGAUCCGAGGAACGUAGGAGCCGAUGGGAGUAGCUACUUCACGCCUCUGAGGUAUAGCUCGAAGAUCAAUUACGACGAAUACUCGACACCGUACCAGCUAUAUGAGGAUCGAAAGCCAGCGUAUCCCGAGAUAACGACGGUAGCCAGCAGCCACCAGUCUGCCCAUAACGAGAACAGAUUCUAUGCAAACGUGAGACCAUUACGACCUUACACGACAAAUGGCAGAGAUCACCAGCCUAGGAAACAACCGGCUAAGCCUAUCCCUGGCAAUCUUCGAGAUGACUACGUGCUCGAUUAUAAUGUCAGACCAAGUAGUGCGCUUAAUUAUCCUGUGAAAGAAUUUCAAGAUCAUCGACAAGUCCCGCUGCUGUCUAACGACUAUCCGAGCGUACUGGAACCUGUACUAGGGGGAAAGCAACCGCCGCCUCUACUCGCUCAGCUACCUCAAAAUCCUAGCGUGAACCUGCAGCAAAUAGCGGAGAGCUUUCAACUAAGUGAACGUUUGCCAGAAAUGUUGAGAAACGACAACAUAGACAGUAGUUUAAAGACGCUCGCGGAGAUAUUGAAUAUUCUCCACGGCAUGAAAACGGAAGAACUGCCGCAGAUUCAAGCGCCACCCUUUAUACCUUCACCAGCCAGAGUGCCCGCCGAGAAACCAACGAGCUACAAAACGAGGCCGAAGACGAGGCCGAAAGUGAUCACGGAGACGCGAUUUCAAGCCACGCCGAAUCCGCUGUACUUGACCGACGAUCCCGAACGUUACAAAAUAUCGUCGUACGAGUAUAAAAUGAAACCGCCACAGUCGAUUCAGUCGAGUUACAAUGCGAACAGCUUAACCAACAACAACGUGGUGGAAUAUUAUAUCCCGAUGGUGCAGGAGAUCCCAACGAGGCAGAAAGAACCGAUUCUACCAACGAUCAGACCACAAGAUCCGAUUGACCAUUCGUACGCGAUCACGGAGGAUCUCAGCGACGAUAUACUGCAACAGGAGCGAUUCUCUUUGCCACCUGUUACUACGGAAAACCCGAUUUACAGAUAUACGAAGCCCAACCAGGCAGCGACCCCGAACGUGCCGUCGUUAAAAUAUGGCGCUACAAGAGGGAAGGCCAAUAUAGACUAUCCGGCCUAUUCUAGCAUACCUCGUACGAAUUUCAGCUGCAAGGAACAACGUUACAAGGGAUUCUUUGGAGAUCCAGAUACUGGAUGCCAAGUAUGGCAUUACUGCGAUCUGAACGGUGGUAAAGCAUCGUUCUUAUGCCCGAACGGUACGAUAUUCAGUCAAGUUGCGUUAACGUGCGACUGGUGGUUCAACGUGAAGUGCGAAACAACGACUCAAUUAUACGUUUUAAACGAGAGGCUCUACAAGUAUAUUCUGCCGAUAAUGCCAAAGUUCCCGGAAGACUUCACCGGCCCAGAAGUAGAUCGGUAUUUAGAGCUCAAGUUUAAAGAGAUGGAGGCGAAACUAAAGGAGAAGAAGCUGAAGAAACAGCAGGAGGAAAAGGAGAAAGAGAAAGAGAAGGAAAAGCUCAAGCACAAACAACAAACACAAGAGAAACAAAAUGAAUAAUCGAUAUGUGUCUAGGCUGUAGUUAAAUUAUUAUGUAAUAUUUUUAACGUUUAAGAGGGUCAGUUAAAAAGUUUCACUCGCUUGAAAUUUCUCGUGUAUUAAAGAUAUCCCGAUAAAACUUGGUGGUAAUAAUGUUUUAUUUCUCUGUUCUGGAGUUGUGUUCAAUGGCUUUGACGCUCCAAUCGUUCUUUACUUUUUAUCAAUCAUAAAACAUGGCGUGUCCGUUGAAACUGGCGUCCAAAUUGGAAAUCUGUGAUUCGUUUUUUUUUUAUGGGCAAACAAGUUUUCCCGUGGUAAAAUUUAUCGUCAAUUGCGCGACGUUUAUGAUCAUAAUAAGAUGUCUCGUCAAGCUCUAUUGAGAAAUGGUGCAUUUUAUUCAAGAAUGACGAUCAUCAGAAGAGAAGACUAUAUGACAACAAAUGUCAAUAUUGAACGUGUUAAGCACUUGAUUGAGACAAGUAAGAAGAUUUGUGUUCGAUGGAUAUCUCAAUUGUUGACAAACACAAGAAGCAACGAUUUCGAAUAACUUUGGUAUUUUUGCAUUGAUAUCAAUGAAGGGAAUGAAUUUCUGGAGAUGGAAUAGCGACUGGAAAUGAAAAUUAGGUCAUCCUGAAACGAAACAAACGUUCGUUUCUUACUUAAGUGGAAACAUCCUCCAGCCCCAAAAAGUAUUGUACAGUUUCUUUUGCCAGAAUGGUGACAGUGUUCUUUGAUAAUCAAGGCAUUAUGAAUUCACACACCUCAACAGUAUUAACACUUUGAGUGCCACUCCCAAUUUUAUUUACUCAAAUAGAAACAAUUUUCACACAUUUAUAGAUUUAUUGAAUUUGAAUAAUGAAGUCUUAAUUUGUAGAUAAAUAAAUACAUAUGUUUUAUAUUAUAUUUACAAACACACACUCAAAGUGUCAAUGCAAACACACAGAUUCACAUAUUGUGAAACUUUGACAAAAUUAAGAAAAUUAAAGAAUGAUAACAUCGUCCAUAUAGUUCAAAAUUUUUACUUUGAGACUUUUAUGUUUUUAGACCAAUGAAAACAAAGCAGUAAUAUUAUUUAGAGAAAGAAUGACUCAGGAUUCAGGAAUGACUAUCUUAAGACAGAAUCUUUUUGACAAAGAAAUAAAAAGGAUAGUGCCACGAUACGAUAAAUGUUUCAAUUGAUAGAGAUUGAUAUAAUAGAAAAAUAGCUAAUAUUUUAUAAUAUGAAAACUAUGAGAACUAGCUUUUUGACUGACCCUCAUAUAUAUCUUGUUGCCAUUGUUUGUUAUAAAUGUACAAUUAUAGGUUGUGUCUCACUCUUAUCCACAUUGUUGGAUAUAGAGAAAUUUUGUAAAACUCAAAAAUGUGCAAUAUUUUUAUUAUAGGUUUGCGUGUGAUUUGUUUCUACGUAUUGUGUAUUUAAUAAGGAAAUUUUUGUAUACAAUCUGUACAUUGAAGAAAUCAAGUUAUUAUUGUAAAGCGUUUAAAACAAUUGGAAAUGCCAGAAACCAACACAUAUGAAAUAAUUGAUAACGUCAGUAAACAGUUUUUCUCCCUCUAGUCAUAUUUGUACUGUGUAAAGAAUAUAUUCUUUACUACUUUAUAGAAAACUUUUGCAUUUAUACGUGCAUUUUAGAAAUUAAUAAUUAUAUACACAAUAAU